AUGGAAAUAGAAGGUUUUGAGUAUAUAUAAGCAGCUGAUUUGAUAACUGACCAAUAGAAUAUUGGAAUGAUUUUGAAGCCACUUGAAUAUUCCUUGAUAAUUUAAUAGGAAUUAACUAAUUAGAGUAAAAAAGAUAUUUACAAUUAAAAUGUUUACGAGUAAGAUAGUGAGGAUUCUAAAGAAGAAACAAAAAAAUUACAAAUUUCUAGAUAAAAAAAGAUACAAAAAAAGAAAAUUAAAAAGGUUAAAUAACAUCCAACUUGCUUAUAAAUAUGUAUUUUUAAAGAUAUUUACUCAGCAGAAUUAUUUAAGCUAGAUUCUGGCAUAUUCAUUACUCUUGAUGGAGUCCUAAGAUUUUCAUACUCUUUAAGUCCUGUUAGUUUUGGAUUUUGUCCUUAUAAGUACUUAAAAUUUGAGGAAAUGAGCGAUCUAAGUGUUAUAGAUAUUCACUAAUCUUUAGAUAGGCUGAUACCAAGGAUGUCAAUUGAGGAUUGCGUGAAUCUUAUGAUGUAAAAAAAUUUAGCUCAUAAAAAUAAAUAAGAUUUACAAGAAUAAUUAAUGAACAUUAAUACGUUUACAGAUAAUUUAUAUAAUAACAAUACAAUUCCUUAUGAUUUAAAAAUGUUAAAAGAGUAAGAGUAUUAAGGCUUCAUCAAAUACUGUUACUAGUACAUCAAGGAAAUGCAGAAGUAACAAGAAAAUAUUCCUUUUAGCUAUGUAAUUGGGAGAUACAAUUUUAUAGAAAAAUAAGUAGAAAUAUCUCAUACAGGAAUGUCAAAUCUGUAUCAAUAAAUUCUAGGAUUAGAUAGCAAUUCAUUUAAGGCAAUUUUUCUUAGAAAAUAAAAUAUAGAUUUAAUACAAAAUAAGGCAGAUAUAAUAAAUUAAGCUUUAAAAGGUAUCCAUUUAAAGGCAAAAUUGAAUAGUGAAGAUGUAUUUAUUAGCGAUAUUAUGACAUUUGAUGGGUAUCCUUUGUAAAUUGAGUAUAUUAUAAAGGAUAUUACAUUGAAUUAAAAGAUUAAUUUUAUAUAUGGUGAUGAAUACAUACUUCUUAUUAAUUAAGCUCACAUAAAACCUAAAUAAAUGCAAGGUUUGAUUGAAUACAGAUAAAAGAUUAUGCAAAACAAAGGUUUCCUUUCUCUUGAUGAAUAUAUAUAAAAGGAAUUAUCUUAUCUAUUUGAAGACGUAGAAUAUUCUGUUAAAUCAUAGCAAUUCUUAGAAAAAUACUAUAAAGAUAAUAUAAAAAAUCUUCUUAAUUCCUAUCAAACAUGUGGGUUCCGCAAUAUUUUAUCUUAAAAUACAAAAGAACAAAACUGUUAGAAUACUUCCUCUAUUUUCAAUUAAAAAGAACAGUGA